AUGUCGCACAUGUCAGCGAACAUUUUUAGCAGCACGGCGUUUGUCAACAUGACGUUGAAAAGGCGAAUUCUCAAGCUAUGUGUGCCGCAGAUCUUCUCGCAAGUGCUGCACGACUUCCAGAUCCCGCAAAUCAACGCCGUCAUCGACGAGAUGCACAUCUACUGCUCUCGCUGCAACCCGGCGCAACUCGCGGAGCUCAAGGCGUCCGGCACCAUUCCGCCGGGCGCCCCGCUUUGCGGCCUCAUGACGAAAACCGACGCGGAGCGCCUCUGCGCCGCCCUCCUCCGCGCCGCGCCGCCGCGGUUCAAGCCCCGUCCCGGCACGGAACGAGACCGCGGCGUCCGCGUCGUCCACGCCUGCUUCGGCAAGGCCCGCGGCGUCCUGUACCCGGCAUUGUACGCUGCUCCGGACGCCGCGUGCGUCGAGUGCCUCGACUGCGGCGGCGCCAUGAGCCCGCGCCACUUUGUGACCCACGCCCACGCGGGCCGAGAAACGCAGACGGUGCACUGGGGCUUCGAUUCGGCGCGUUGGCGAGAGUAUUUGGCUCUGGCGCCGGACCAGGUGGCGGAUGCGAGGAUGCAGGCUGUGUUGGACGACGUCAAGGCCAAGUUUGCGCACGCGGAGCCCGCGCAGUCAACGGUGGUCGUCGGUGGUGGGGGCGCCGGCGCGGGAGCCCCGUCCGCCUCCAUCGUCGUCGUCGGCGGCGGCGGCGGCGGUGGCUUCCACAGCAAAAGGAAACACGGAGACGUGUGGGUUUCAUUAUCAAUCAUCGCUUUUCCUCGCAAGGAAACCGAUAACAAUUGA